UGUUAAGGUUAGUUUAGCAGUAGGGAAAUUUAAUAAAAUACACUGUUAAUUAUUGCAAUACUUUCGUUACGAGAAAAUGUCUAAUAAAUACUAUCAAGAUUCGAAUGCUUCCAUGUUUCCUACAAUAGCUGGUGAACAAGUUCAAAAUCAAGUCCAGGGCUCUUAUACUUCCUGUGAUUCUCCAGUUAUAAAUCAACCCAAUUACAGUGCUUGUGAUUUCAUUUAUGGACAACAAAUGGUUAUAAGGAAUCCAGUUAAUUAUACAGCAAACUCUUAUUUUUGUGCUGAUCAAAUUGAUAACACUGCCUGGCUUCCUGACCCAAAGGUGUUUGCUGACAUUGAAAAGGGUUUAAAACUAUCUGAUAAAAUUGAAACUAUUGAAAUAACAAGUAAAGAUUUAAGUCCAGCGAGUUGCUGCAGCAAUGUGGAUCUCCUUUUGCCAGACCUUUACAAAAGCAUUAACCGUGACAUAAACUAUUUUGGUAAAUCAGUAACCAAUGAUUCUCAAUGGUUUUGUAAUGUUAACUGCAAUAAUAAGAUCCACAGUUAUCUCCCAUGUUCGCAGGGUGUUGAUAACGAAUUUGAAAAUAAACAGCCAAAAUAUUGCAGCAUGCAAAAGCUUCCUGAAUUUGAAAAUGUUAAAGUCCUUUCUUUUAAUAAUAAUCAGCAAACAGAACAAUAUUUGCAAAGUUGUAGUAAAGAAAAAUUGUAUUUCACUGAAGAAGUUAAUCAAAAUAAUAUUAAUGACUACAACAUCUAUAAUACUUGUGAUAAUAGAAAAGAUGAUGCAUUAUUAAGUUUAAGCGAUAUUAAUACUAAUAUUUUCUAUUCUAACAUUCCAUUUGAAGACAUUAAUGAAGACCAUAAUUCUGUUAAUUGUUCAAAUGGAGAAAGUGAUAUAGUUGUGGAGGAGUCAGAUGAGGAAACUCCCGAUAUUUGCGAAAAUAUUUCUAAAAAGUGUGACUAUUCGACAAAUUGCAUUAUUUGUAAUUGCAUGUUCACCCCAACAGGGAAUCAAUUUUUUAUCCUUACAACAGAGACACCAUUAACAAUGUGUUCACAAAUAUCUGUUCACCAAAAGUUAUCAGAAGUAGUAGAAUUAGUAGAAAACAAGCAUAAUUACUUGUGUAAUCAGUGCUUAGAUCUAAUCAAUACCAUUGAUCAUUUACAGUGGAAAUUAGAGAACACUAGAGUGGAAUUAAUUAAAAAAUACGAGAAAACAUGCCAGUUCAAUGGUAUAAAUUUAAAUGCUAAUAAAAAGGUAGAAAACAAGACUAAAAAGUUGUUUAAAAACUUUUGCGGUCGACACAGUUUCAAAUGCAAAGAGUGUAAAAAAGUUUUUACGCUCAAGAAACUUUACUGGAGUCAUUUGUGUCGGAAAAAGACGCACAAGUAUUUAUGCGAGAUGUGUGGCAAAACAAUAAAGAGCUACAAAUUUUUUAAUCGCCACUUGUUGUUGCACAAAAACGUUAUUAAAAGAUUUCAACCCUCAAUCCAACUUUUCAAAUGCAAAAUUUGCGAAAAAUUAUUUCGGACGAACACCAGACUUAAAGAGCACCUGAACUAUUGCUCGGGGAAGUUUCCAUAUGUCUGUGAACAUGAGGGUUGCGACAAGAAGUUUGCAACAUCCACUAAACUGAAAAAUCACGUGAAGCAAAAACACGAUAAGAAAUUUAUAGCCAUUUGUUCAAUAUGUAACAUUGGUUUCGUAAUCAUUUCGGAUUACAAGACCCAUAUGGUAUCGCACAGCACCGAAAAAAAGUACAACUGCGCAAAGUGUCACAAAUCCUACAAAACUUUAAGCAAUUUAAAUUUUCACAUGAAAGUUCAUAGUGAAACCAUGCCUUUUACAUGUACCAUUUGUAAAAAAGGAUUCAUGAGAAAAGAGUAUCUUGAAUCUCACGUUAACAAUCAUUAUGGAAUUAAGAAUUAUGCGUGUGCGAUUUGUAAUAAAAAAUUCGUGUCGCAGAAAAACUUGGAUGUACAUUCGAAGCAUCAUGAUGGGAGUGUUAAAACGAAAACAUGUAAUAUUUGCGGUAAAAAUGUUGCGAAUGGUUUGGAAGAUCAUCUUAGGACUCAUAUGAACUUACUAGAGUUUGAGUGUAACGUUUGCAAAAUGAAAUUCAAUACUAAAAAUACGCUAUCGAAACAUGUAAAGAAAAAACAUUGUAAUUAAUAGGUUGUAAGUUCCAUUUUUGUGCAAAACAAAU